AUGAUCUUCAGCUCAGUCACAUUGUUAUGUUCUGUUCCUGAUGAGCAUCUGAUUGUUUUCAGCAACACAAAGAUUGUUGAUCUGUUGGUCUGCAGUAUGGCAAAGGUGCAAGAACAAGACUCUCUAAUUGAGAAGAGUUUCUCAGAAAAACAGAGUGUGAGAUCAGGUUCACAUGUGUCCAGCUCUGUUUCUGUGAAGAGUGACCAGUCAAAAGGUUACACACCGAACUUUAGUGAGAAAAAAACAACAGCUAUCAAAAGUGUAAGAUCAGGUUCACAUGUGUCUAGCUUUGUGUCUGUGAAGAGUGACCAGUCAAAAGGUUACACACCGAACUUCAGUAAGACAAAAACAUUCUCAAAUGAAAGGUUUCAGAGUGAGAUGUUAGAAUCAAAUUUGCCUCAAAGGAGCAAAAAUUUCAAAGACAUUCUCCAGUGGAUCUUCCAGGAUCUUGAGAGCAAAAUAUUCAAAUUCCUAAACAAAGAGUUAGAAAAAUGUAAGAAAAUCUUACAAAAAGAAAACACACAAUAUUUUGUAAAAGACUUUAAUGAGAACAGAUGCAGCAUCAGAGAAGCAGCUCUUGAUCUCACACUCUACUUCCUGAGAGAAAUGAAGCAAGAUGAAGCUGCAGAUGCUCUAGAAGAUGAGCUGUUCUUCGUUCAUCAGCUGAAAUGUGGCCUAGGGAAGAAGUAUCAGUGUGUGUUUGAAGGAAUUGCACAGCAAGGAGACUCCACACUCCUGAAGAACAUCUACACAGAUCUCUAUAUCACUCAGGGUGGCAGUGAACAGGUCAAUACUGAUCAUGAGGUCAGACAGAUUGAAGUUGCUUCCAGACGUCAUGAAGCUCAAGAGAUACAGGUUGAAUGCAGACAUUUGUUUGAAGCGUCUGAACAAGACAAGCAGAUCAGAACUGUACUGACAAAAGGAGUCGCUGGUAUCGGGAAAUCAGUCUCUGUGCAAAAGUUUGUUCUGGAUUGGGCUGAAGGAAAAGAAAAUCAAGAGAUCAGCUUCAUAUUUCCUCUUCCAUUCAGAGAGAUGAACUUAAAGGAGAAAGAAAAGCUCAGUUUGAUGGACCUUAUAACUCAGUUUUUCCCAGAGACAAAAGGACUGAACCUUACAAGAAGGAAUCGAUUCAAAGUCCUGUUCAUCCUUGAUGGAUUGGAUGAAUGUCGUCUUCCUCUGAACUUUGCUGGUAAUGAGACGUGUCGUGAUGUUUCGUCACCAGCCUCUCUGGAUGUUCUCCUGACGAACCUCAUUAAGGGAAAUCUGCUUCCUUCUGCUCUCAUCUGGAUCACCAGCAGACCAGCAGCUGCCAGUAAGAUUCCUCCUGACUGUAUCGAGCGGCUGACAGAGAUACGAGGAUUCAAUGAUGCACAAAAGGAGGAGUACUUCAGAAAAAGACUCACAGAUGAGAAUCAGGCCAAAGAAAUCAUUGAUCACAUUAAACAAUCAAAGAGUCUCUUCAUCAUGUGCCACAUCCCAGUCUUCUGCUGGAUUUCAGCCACUGUUCUCCAGAACAUUUUACAGGAGAAGAGAAAAAAUGAUGUGAAAAACAAUCAGGCUGAUGACGCCUCCAAAACACUGCAGGAAUCAAACACUGAAGACACUCCCAAGACUCUAACACAGAUGUACACACACUUUCUGCGCUUCCAGAUUCUGCAGAGCAGACGGAAGUAUGAUGGAGAAAACACACCAGAUGUGUCCUGGGAUAAAGACGCCAUCCUUUCACUGGGGAAACUGGCAUUUGAUAAUCUGCAAAGAAACAACUUAAUCUUCUAUGAUACAGACCUGGAAGCCUGUGGUGUUGACGUCUAUAAGGCCUCAGUUUACUCAGGCAUGUGUACCCAGAUCUUUAAGGAGGAAACAGGGAUUGUUCUUGGUACCAUGUACUGCUUUGUUCACUUGAGCAUACAAGAGUAUUUUGCAGCUCUUUAUGCACAUCUGUUUCUGGACAUCAACAAGAGAAGUGUGUUUGAUCAAAACUCUACUAACAGAAAUGAGUCCAUGAUUGAUUUGCUGAAGACUGCAGUGGACAAGGCACUCGAGAGUGACAAUGGACACCUGGACCUUUUCCUUCGCUUCCUUCUCGGUCUGACUCUCCAGUCCAAUCAACGAAUCUUACGAGGUCUAUUGACACAAAAAGAUGACAAUGACCAGAGCAAAGAGGAAAUAGUUCAGUACAUCAAGCAGAAGUUUGAAGCAAAUCUUUCUCCAGAGAGAUCCAUCAAUCUGUUCUACUGUCUGAAUGAACUGAAGGACCAAACUCUGGUGAAAGAUAUUCAGACUCACCUUAGCACAGGAAGUCUCUCAUCUGCUGAUCUUUCACCUGCUCAUUGGUCUGCUCUAGCCUUUGUGUUGUUGACAUCAGAUGAGGAGAUGGAGGAGUUUGAGCUUCAGAAAUUCAAGAAAUCAGACGAGUGUCUCACCAGACUAUCAACAGUCAUCAAAACUUCUAGAAAAGCUCUGUUAAAUGAUUGUAAGUUAACAGACAGAAGCUGUUCAACUCUGGCUGCAGUUCUCAGAUCAGAAAACAACCUGAAAGAGCUGAACAUGAGCAAUAACAAUCUGCAGGAUUCAGGAGUGAAGUUGCUCUGCGCUGGACUGAAGAAUAUUAAGUGCGAGUUAGAAAUACUCAGUCUUUCAGACUGCAGUAUCAGUGAAGAAGGUUAUAAAGCUCUGGCUUCAGCUCUGAGAUCAAACCCUUCACACCUGAUAGAGCUGGAUCUCAGAGGAAAUGAUCCUGGACAAUCAGGAGUGGAGGAGCUCACUAAUUUACUACAGGAUCCACACUGUACAUUGAAGACACUGAGUUGUUUGAGUCCUGCUGCUGAUGAAGGCUGUCAGUUUGUGACUGGAGUUGUGGGUAAAAACCCGUUACUCCUGAAAGAACUGAAUCUGAGUUAUCAUAAGCUAGGAGACACACGAGUGAAUCAACUCUCUGCUUUGCUGCAGGAUAAACACUGUCAGAUCAACACACUCAUCCUGCAUAGAUGCUGUAUUACAGAGGAACAGUGUGAGAUCCUGACUUCAGCUCUGAAAUCAAACCCAUCACACCUGAGAGAACUGAACCUCAAUGGAAAUCAUAUAAGAAACACAGGAGUGAAUCUCUUAUGUGACGUACUGAAGGAUUCACACUGUAAACUGGAGACACUGAAGUUAAGGCACUGUUCUCUGACAGAUGAAGGUUGUUCUGCUGUGACUUCAGCUCUGAAAUCAAACCCAUCACACCUGAGAGAACUGAACCUCAGCUGGAAUAAACUAGGAGACUGUGGAGUUAAAAUCCUCAGUGAUUUACUAAUGAAGCCACAAUGCAAGCUGAAGAAACUAGAUCUGUGUAAUUGCAGUAUUACAGAGGAACAGUGUAAGCUCCUGACUUCAGCUCUGAAAUCAAACCCAUCACAUCUGAGAGAACUGAACCUCAGUAAGAAUCAAAUAAUAAACACAGGAGUGAAUCUCUUAUGUGACGUACUGAAGGAUUCACACUGUAAACUGGAGACACUGAGGUUAAGCUGCUGUUCUCUGACAGAUGAAGGUUAUUCUGCUGUGACUUCAGCUCUGAAAUCAAACCCAUCACAUCUGAAAGAACUGAACCUCAGUAUGAAUAAACUAGGAGACUCUGGAGUGAAAAACCUCAGUGAUUUACUCAUGAAUCCACAAUUCAAUCUGGAGAAACUAAAUCUGUAUGAAUGCAGUAUUACAAAGGAACAGUGUAAGAUCCUGACUUCAGCUCUAAAAUCAAACCCAUCACACCUGAGAGAACUGAACCUCAAUGGAAAUCAUAUAAGAAACACAGGAGUGAAACUCUUAUGUGACGUACUGAAGGAUUUACACUGUAAACUGGAGACACUGAACUUGUUUCACUGUGGCAUCUCAGAUGUUUCUUCUUUAACUCAGUGUUUGAUAAACACAAAAGCUCUGCAGUUUCUAAAAGAGCUUGAUCUGAGUAACAAUCCCAUUGGAGACUCAAAGCAGAAGCUCAUUGAUGUGAUACGAGACUCAAACUGUAAACUGAGGUCAGUAAACAACACUGAUAUUAAAGAUCUUCAUUUUCUCUGAGAUGUGAACAAA